GCCUAUGGAGAAACUUUAGCCUACCCAGUGUUUCUUUUACUGUCUGUGUAGCCUAGGAGUAGUUUAGUAGUAGCCUAGUUUUAAAAUGGAUUUCAGAAUUCGUCCCCCUAAGCCCGAUGACUUCAAAGAUGUUUUCCGCAUGGUCACGGAGCUGUCUCUUCUUGAAAAGUCACCUGAUUUGCAGAUAUCCAGGGAAGAGUUGAAGCAGGACCUUUUCUGUGAAACUCCUUUCCUUCAGUGCCUCAUUGCAGAAGUACCAGCAUAUUGUAAGACUUGGGAAGGCCAGACAACUGUUGCAUAUACUCUCUUUACAAAUGCCUACUGCACUUGGAAUGGGAGGGCAGUGUAUUUGGGAGAUUUCUAUGUCAUGCCUGAAUGCAGAGGAAAAGGAGUUGGGAGAGCACUUUUAAGUACAGUGGCAAAGGUGGGAAAGGAACAACACUGUGCAAUUAUGUUGACAGAGAUGAGAGGCAACACACCGCUCAUAGACUUUUAUAUUGCUAAAGGUGGGGAGGACCUCACAGUUACAGAAAGACGCCACUUUCUGCGCUUUGACGGAGAUGCCUUGGACAAACUUGCACAGGAAGCACCACAAUGUACUUGAAAAAAUCUAUUGCAAAAAGUUUUUUUUUAAUGAAAGACAAAGUACUUGCAUAAUGUUUAUGAACAUGUUUACUUAGCACAUGUGAUAAACAAAUUAGCCAGUGGAUGGUGCUACCUAUGACGCACAAACAAGCAUUUGCUUUGCAUAUAGGACAGGAACAGCUUUCAUACCGUGUGUUAAUAGGGUGUAGCUUCAGGUAGGGCCAGGGUCUACUACAUCCAGGAUUGACUGGACUGCUGAUUUAUUGUUAUUGAUUUAUACAAUAUUAUUUUCCCUUCACCCUCUAUAUAAAUCUGCCACCCCUCAACAUCC